CGCUCGCGAGUAGGCUGAACGCUCCGGCGUUUCGCCCCCGCCUCGCCCCGAGGCGAGGCACGUCCUCUUCCCGUCGUUGUGUAGUAUUCCGUGCGGCGGAUGAAGGCCCGGAGUUUGCGCGCAACAUGCGCAUGGAGAAGGCCAAGGCACUUCGGGAGGAACUCGACGGAGUCCGGACAAGGAGUCGAAGGCUCCUCGCCAAAGGCAACCGUCUGGUCGAGAGGGGCGUCCAGCUCAAGGCUGCGGCGGAGAGGGUGAUGCUCGGCAACGAGAUUAACAAGGAGGACGAGGCGCGCAGGCUGCUCGUCGAGCGAAAAAAGGUCAAGGAUACUCUGGAUCUCACGACGGCAAGGGCGGAGGUCCUCGCCGAGCUCGCGAGUAAGCUGGAGACUGCGAUAAUCGUACUGGAGAACGCGACGGACGAGGAGUCUGUCGACGCCGCCAAGGCCCUCGCCGCGGACACUCUUCCUGCCGCGAAGAGGGCAUCGCUCCAGGAGUUCAAAACCGCGCCGGUGAGCUCACGCCCUGCAUCGAUGGGGGAGGAUGACGUGUCACAAGAUUCGAUCGCCGAGCGGUUCGGUCGAGACUCCCUCGAGAGGGAGUUUGCCGCUUUGGAAAUAACGCAGUUGGAGCGGAUGCUGAGACUCACACCCGACGACCCGCGGAUAUCUUCCGAGGAUACGGUCGUCAAAGAAGACGACGAUGACGUCGUCGUGAGUAACACCGAGCCCGCGUGGUGGCAAGCGCCGUCGCAGCCUAAAGACGCAGACGGCGCGACGAUGACGCCGCGAGAGGCGCUCCUGGAGGUGGAUAGGGCCAGGGUAUCAUCCAAAGGAGUGCAGGGGCACCACGUCGUGGCGCUCAGGAAAUCAUGCGCGGUGCAUGGUGCGGGCACCAUCCGCGUCAGCGAUCGGCUCAUCGGGGGUAAGAAAGACACGGCGUUUCGAGCCGGGGUGGGAGCCGCCAUGACCGCCAUGGAAACCGGGGAGGGUGAAACUACCGGUUGGUCGUCGCUCGGCGGCUACGAGCCGACUGUUUUUCUGUCCGACUUGGCGCGGGAUCUGGGCGUGACGCCGGAACGGGCGGGCGUGCUGGUGGCCAACGCGACGGCGAGGAAGAGCGCCGCCGCUUUACUUCAGGCCGGAGCGUCCGUGCGGGGCGGCGAGGCGGAGAGCGCCAGGGUGGACCUGAAAAAAUUAACUUCGGUCCUGCGAACGUUUCGCGCGUGCGCGGGGGAGUACCUCGACCUGGUGGCGUUCGGUCUCGAGCAGCAGCUGUCGGAGGCUGAGAGGAAGAUCGUGUUGGGGCUCGUGCCGAAGGAGACGAGCGAGGACGUCCGCGGCGCGAUUCGAUGCGCUCUCGGCCUGUAGCUCUCGGCCUGUGCCGGGUGUACACUUUUGUCGUUCAUCAGUCCAUGAUAUACCCGGACAGAAAAAAUGCCAGCUCAUCG